ACACAAACCAAUUCUAUAUCUGUAUAAACACAUGAACGAGUCAACUCUUUCUUUCCACCUCUCUCUCUCUCAAAACCCAUUUCCAUAUGAGUGGUUGAAUUCCAUUUUGAGUUGGGUUUUCAUUUUGAAAUCUUGAUUUCUUUGGGUUGGGGAAAUCAAGAACAACAAGAAGGACAAGAAACAAAAACCCAUCAGAAAUCAUGUCCAUCCAAGCUGAGGAAAUGGAUUCAGGGGAGAAACGGCUCAAUGAACUUGGAUACAAGCAAGAACUCAGAAGAGAGAUGACUCUGUUCAAGACCCUAGCAAUAUCAUUUUCAACAAUGACACUUUUCACUGGAAUCACACCUCUGUACGGUUCAAGUCUGCAAUUUGCAGGACCAGCAACUCUUGUUUGGGGAUGGGUUGUGGUUUCUUUUUUCACUUGGUUUGUUGGUAUUGCUAUGGCUGAAAUCUGCUCCUCUUUCCCUACAACCGGUUCUCUUUACUUCUGGGCUGCCCAUUUAGCAGGCCCCAAAUGGGGACCAUUCUCAUCGUGGUGCUGUGCUUGGCUUGAGACAAUAGGCCUGAUUGCAGGCAUAGGAACACAGGCAUAUGCAGGGUCUCAGACUUUGCAAAGUAUCAUUCUAUUAUGCACUGGGACUAACAAAGAUGGAGGGUACUUAGCCCCAAAAUGGUUGUUCUUAUGUAUGUAUGUGGGUCUUACUGUCAUUUGGGCAUUCCUCAACACAUUUGCAUUAGAAGUCAUUGCUUUUAUUGAUAUCAUUUCAAUAUGGUGGCAGGUUAUUGGAGGAACGGUCAUAGUUAUUAUGCUUCCACUAGUGGCAACGACAAGACAAUCUGCUUCCUAUGUUUUCACUUCUUUCGAACUGGCAACAGAAUCAACCGGAAUAUCAAACAAAGUUUACGCAGCAAUUCUGGCUCUGCUUGUCAGUCAGUAUUCGCUAUACGGAUAUGAUGCUGCAGCACAUCUAACUGAAGAAACAAAAGGCGCAGACAAGAAUGGCCCGAUUGCAAUUCUUUCUAGCAUCGGGAUCAUUUCCAUAUUCGGAUGGGCUUAUAUUUUGGCCCUCACUUUCAGCAUUAAGGAUCCGAGCUACCUGUAUGAUAAAUCAAAUGAAACUGCCGGGACAUUUGUACCAGCUCAAAUACUCUAUGAUGCGUUCUAUGGGAGAUAUCAUAGUUCUACUGGAGCAAUCAUUUUACUCUUUGUCAUCUGGGGCUCGUUCUUCUUUGGUGGGCUUUCAAUCACAACUAGUGCAGCCAGAGUGGUGUAUGCUCUAUCAAGAGAUAAUGGAAUUCCAUUUUCAUCUAUAUGGCGAAAAGUGCACCCAAAACACAAAGUUCCCUCAAAUGCAGUGUGGCUUUGCGCAGCCAUCUGCAUUCUGCUCGGGCUCCCCAUCUUGAAAGUCAAUGUAGUCUUCACUGCCAUAACUUCCAUAUGCACGAUCGGUUGGGUUGGUGGUUACGCUGUUCCAAUCUUUGCAAGAUUGAUAAUGGCAGAGAAGAACUUCAAAGCUGGACCAUUUUAUUUGGGCAAAGCGAGAAGGCCUAUUUGCUUGAUAGCCUUCUUAUGGAUUUGUUAUACUUGUUCAGUUUUCCUUCUUCCAACAUUCUAUCCGAUUACAUGGAACACUUUCAAUUAUGCACCUGUCGCAUUAGGUGUUGGCCUAGCCCUCAUAAUGCUUUGGUGGGUGAUAGAUGCCCGAAAAUGGUUUAAGGGUCCAGUUAGGAACAUUGAUGCUCAAAAUGGGAAAGUCUAACUUUCACAGCUCAUGUAUUAUUUUUGAUGUUGAUUUUAUAUUGGCAAACAUUAUUUGCCUGAAGAUUUAGUAGAAUGAUACAACAUUGUCAAUCA